AUGGAAGAAGUCGACGCCUACAUCGAACAGCAAUGCAAAAAGCUGAAUUGGUUAGUUUUUUACUCAAAUCACUAACGCUUUUGUUUUAGAUGAACUUUGAAAGUGUGAAUAUAUAUAUUUUUCUUUACAGCAGCUUCGUUGAGAACGCUGAUUCGAAAGACGUCGAAUUCGAUACUCGCAACGCUUUUGAAUUUUUAAUAAGGUUGGAUGCGAUGAGCUUUUUUUUGUAUCAAAAUAUUUUGAAGAUGUAUUUGGCAAAUUGAACCAUCGAGUGAAGCAGAACUUCCAUCAUGCGAGCUGCCUCGCCAUUUGCCGACCAGAUUCCGUCUGGCAAAAACGAUUUCUGAUUAUCUGGAAGUAAGAAAUCUGUUUUUUCUUUUCUGGAAUGAUGAAAGUUAGCAAGAGGUUCUUUAAAAUAGUUCUUCUCAUUUAGUAAUAAAAAAACUUAAAAUUUCCAGAAACUUGGCAUCAGAGGGGACAUCGGCUUUCAAAACUUGCUCUACGGUUCUCUGAACAGCUUGAGAAACAUCUUUGUCGAUCUUAUACGUAAACUUCCCAAUGAUUCUGGGGAUGUUGAUCUGGGUAUAAAUUGCAAAAAGCUGUUAUUUUAAUGAAAACUUUUUUUAGAAUCCACAAAAACAACCGCAACCGAGCAACUUUCCACUGAGCCGAAAUGGGUUCCAGAAUUUUGUAGUCGUUUAAAAAUGAGCUACGACGGAAGGUUCUGGUGUCCUGAUGAAUUGGUGAGUUUUCCAAUAAAUUCUGAAACAAAUAUCUUUUCAGGGCAUGCCUGAACUUUUUUCUUUCGUUUCAAAAAGUUCGAAUGCUAAUGGAAUGGUAGAAGACCCAAGAAACUGGAUUGCAAAGUUGCUACAGGAUACCGAAAUUGAUAACGAAGCAAACGUUCCAAAACAGAAGCGGUUUUUAAAAGUUAUAACUAUGGUUAUAAAUUUGCGUUUGCAGCCCAAAGCCAGCACUGCCACCAAAACCGAAAAACCUGUCGGCGACGAAGGAAGACGAUCUUGCUGCAAAAAGAGCCUUGUUGGAAGCAGCGCUCGAAGAACGAGAGGCAAAACGCAUAGAAUUUCUUAAAGUAAAUCUUUUAUGUAAAUAUCCUUUAAAACAGUUUUUUACAGGUUCAAAUCGAAUCAGCCAAAGUUAAAAGCAGUUUACUACACUCCAAAAGAAAAAAACUGAAAGGCUUCGAUCGGAGGCUUUUUGGAAGCAUUGGAAGAUCCAAACUUUUAUAA